AUGAGUGUGGAAGAGUAUUCUUUGACGUUCACUAUGAUGUCUAAAUAUGCAACAUCUUUGGUGUCUAAGCCUAGUGAUGAGAUGAGUAGGUUUGUGAUGGGUGUUGCCGACCUUGUGAGGGAAGAAUGUUGUACGUCCAUGUUACAAGAUGAUAUGACCUUAGCUACACUCAUGGUGUGUGCUCAAUCUAUGGAGGAGUCCAAAGUUAAGAGGAUGUUUACAAAUUUGAAUAUAAGUGGACCAAGUGAGCAAGAUCAGCCUAGGUUCAAGAAGAGGGCUCAAAAUCAAGAGGGACCUAGUGCUCCCGAGGUCAAACUUGAGAAAGGAGGUGCUUAUCAAGAUGGCAAGCCUACUUGUGCUACUUGUGGAAAGAAACAUUAUGGGAAGAAGUGUCUAGCCGAUACUAGUGGUUGCUUUCAUUGUGGGAAGGAUGAUCAUAAGGUAAGAGAUUGUCGUACCAUUGUUGCUAGAGGAAUAGAGGGUAAGCAAGUUACUCCUAAUGUUCCGGGUAAUGAUUCUACAAAGGCAAAGGCUCGUUUCUAUGCACUCCGAGCAAGAGGAUCAAAGUCGUAUGGGGAUGAUGAUGAUGAUGUUGGUAAGUUCUAG